AUGAUCGUUCUAGCGCUUGUUGCAAGUGGAUCUACCAUCCUCAGCGAGACGCAUGAUGAAGCACAUGCUCGAUUUUUAACCGCUGCAGAGACCGUUCUUACUCGUAUUCCACCUAAUGCUACAAGAUUAAGCUACUCCUACGAGAAUUGGCUUUUCCACUAUGUUCAAGAAGAUGGAAUAGUGUACCUAUGUACAGCAGACGGAGAGAUGGGAAGACGACUACCGUUUGCAUUCUUGUCAGAAGUUCAGAAAAAGUUCACAAGCACAUUCGAUGCCACUCUACUCGAAGAUCCUCAACCGGCCGACUUUGCUUCAUUCACAUCUACUUUGUCGUCCACCUUGAAUCGUUUCAAUACACAACCACAAAGUGAUCCUGUCAAAGCUGCACAAGCAGAAUUAGCAGGAGUGAAAGAUAUUAUGACGCAAAAUGUAGAACAAAUCCUAAAUCGUGGUGAACGUUUAGAUCUUUUGAUGAAUCGUACCGAUCAAGCAGCAAAUCAAAGUAUGGCUUUUAGAAGAAGAGCUGUUGGUUUGCGUAGACAGAUGUGGUACAAGAAUGCAAAGGUUGCCGGAAUGGCUGUAUUUUGUGUUGUGGUGAGUGCUCAAUCAUGUCUCCAUUGA